UUUUCUAUAGAAAUAAAUUUUAAUUUUCUUUUUUCCUAUAUCAAAACACUGUGAGCAUAUGAUUUGUUGGACAGUGCGCCGUACAAAGCGUUGGAAUACAAACCAAUGAAUGAAAAUAAAACAUUCACACCGGAAAAGAGGAGCCCCCAAGAUAAGACGGACAGUAUUGUGUUUGCAGUUCUAAAUUUGCUGUUGUGUGUUGUUGGGACAAACACAAGAAGAAACCGUGCCAUUAGUCUGUUCGUCGCACUACCACUCAUUGCCUGCAAUAAUAUCCAUUGUUGCUGUGAGAGUCCAAAACAAUUCACGAACAAUUAAACUUACGUAAUUCUCCAAGUCCAAAACCGACAGCAAUAAAAAUGCAAACCUUAGCACAGCGAAUUGAUGUUGACAAGCCACUCUAUGACUUGUCCACCUUUAAGGGGCGCUUCCAACAUUUCGCCUGGAUGACAGAUCCAAGAACAGUUGUUGUGUCCAGCGAUCGAUUACUACAAGCCAAGAGUCUAGUCGAUGCCUAUCGUAAAGGAGAAGCCCUAGACACAACUCCCGACAAAGUGAAAUAUGCCAUGAAAUUAUAUAAUUCAGCUUUCCACCCAGACACUGGAGAAUUACAAAACUUCUGUGGCCGCAUGAGUUUCCAAGUGCCUGGCGGUAUGCUCAUCACUGGUGGCAUGUUGGCUUUUUAUCGCACUGUUCCUGCUGUCGUCCUGUGGCAAUUCAUAAAUCAAUCUUUUAAUGCUGUUGUCAAUUACACCAACAGAAAUGCAAACUCGCCAACCACGGUGACGCAGCUGGGCGUUUCAUAUGUUUCGGCCACCAGUUCAGCUUUAAUUGCAGCCAUUGGUCUAAAGAACUAUUGGACCAAGAAGGCAACUCCCAUAUUCCAGCGUUUUGUACCCUUCGCAGCAGUGGCUGCCGCAAAUUGUGUCAAUAUCCCGCUAAUGCGUCAAAAUGAAAUUAUCAAUGGCAUAGAGGUAAAAGAUGAAAAUGGAAAUGUGGUGGGCAAAAGUCGUACGGCUGCCGUGAAGGGCAUCAGCCAAGUAGUCUUCUCACGUAUUACCAUGGCUGCGCCGGGUAUGUUAAUAUUGCCUUUCAUUAUGGAACGUGUCGAAAAGUUGCCAAUUUACAAACGUAUGCAAUGGAUUAAUGCACCUUUCCAAACGGCCUUGGUUGGAUGUUUCUUACUUUUUAUGGUGCCAACUGCGUGUGCUCUGUUCCCACAAACUUGCUCUCUGAACACAUCGACCAUUAAACGCCUUGAACCGGAGUUCUAUGAGGAAAUGUUAGAAAACACUAAAGGAAAUGUACCUGCCAAGGUAUACUUCAACAAAGGUCUCUAAACCGCGACUGCCCAUGCCACAACGAACAAUGACAAUAUUUUACUAAAUAAUGGUAGCAGCUCCUAUAGCUAGGGCAGGUUGUCCUUAGAUAAACGCAUUUAAAAUUUAAUGUAUUUAUGUUCCAAAGACUUACUCAUUAAGUUAAUGCUUUAGGUUUACGAUAUACUGUGUUUCUGUCUGUGUGUGCAGUAUUUUUUAAGUGUUUUAUUUUUCGAAUUUAUCAUUUUUAUACUCCCUACCGAUUUGGCACCAAAUAUCUUUGUUUAAAUUUGUUUUCUGUGUCUGUUUGUCAUUGCUUUCCAUUUUACGGUCAUUGGAAAAAAGCAAUAAUGAAUAAAAACAGUUUUCUGUCCAUUGUACGAAAAAAGCGGGUAUUUCAUUAGCAAGAAAAAAAUUACAACGUAAGCAAAUGGUUUUCAAAAAUUGUUUUUUUAUUGUUUUUAAUAUUUUUACCUUUUACAAAUUUACUAAUGUGCAAAAUUUAUUAAUAUGCAUUUUGCUUUUUUAAGUUUCAUUUUCUUUUUUUGUUUCUGAAUUUGGCAUUUUUUGUUUGUUAUUUAAAAACGUUUAUUACUUUUUUCUUUUCAAAAUAUUUGUCCUGGUUUCAAGGGGUCUCAUGAAAGGAUUGAGGUUGUGGUUUUACUUAAAAAUUUGUUCUCAACAUCAACAUUUGUUUGUGUUCUUUUUAAAAAACUUGAUUUUUGGUUAAGGGUUACACAAAAUUUUUCUUGUUUAAAAACACUCCAGACUCCUCGUUAUCAUCUAAAAAACCAUUUAGCAAUUCAUACACAUAAUUUACUUCAAAAACACUGGUUAUAGUUAUUAUUCUGCUUUAAAAUAUAUGGGUGUUUCUGUUUUUUUUUCUUUUUACAUUCUUUAAAUACUCUAGCCUAUUCAAAUGUCCUCCUGUUGAGAUUGAUUUAUGACCAUUUGCCACAAUGUAAAUGGUUUCAAUAAAAAAUAAUAUGCGUUUCA